AUGAGGUCUGCCCUCUCUAAUGGGGCAGAUAUCAAUUGGAUGAACUCUGGUGGACACCUAGGCAUUUAUUCUUAUAGAGACCCGUUUGCUGGGUGUUUAAAUGAAAGUAACAGGACUCCAUUACAUGCAGCAGCUAUCAGUAACAAGGCUGAUGCUGUCCAGUGGUUACUUGAGAAUGGUGCUGACCUUGAGUCAAGAGAUGGUGAUGGAGACACUCCUCUCAUAUGGGCAGCUGCUAAUGGUCACACACAGGCCGUGACAAUGCUCCUUGAAAAAGGAGCAGAUGUAGCUGCCUCUACUAAUUGGGGUAGGGCUGCUCUUGAUUAUGCUGAACGUAAUGAUCAUUCUGAUACUGCCACAAUACUGAGAGUACACUCAGAUCAAGUUGCUCCAUCAGUUAUUCCUAUUGACAACUCUUUACCAGCAGGUUCUGUAUUAAAUGAGUCUCAUGCUCCUGUUAGACUGAAAGCCAUCAAUAGCAUAGUCAAUGAAUGGGAGACUCUAGGACUAUAUCUUGGAAUUCAAAAUAAAGAUUUAAAAACAAUUCAUUUUAAUUCUUUACAUCAAAUAGAUAUAUGCCGUAAAGACAUGAUAGUUCACUGGUUAAAGACUGGUACUGCUACAAGGGAAAAACUGAUAGAAGCACUUGAGGAUUUGAAAAGAAAUGAUGUUGUUGCUGAAAUAAAGCGUCUACCUAAACAAUAA